AUGGGCGAGGAACCAGUUCUGGAUUUUUCACAUUUCCAUAUAAAUCCUAAUGAUGUUCAAGAAGCUAUGAAAUCAUUUAGGUGGUUUCACAGUAGAAGAACAGGACUAUUAAAAAGAGAAGAUGUCCCAAAAGCGUAUGAAAGCUUAGGUCUCAAACUUUCUCAGCAAGAAAUUAACGCAAUGAUCGAUAAAAUUAAAAAACCAGGAGAAGGGGAGGAGGCGAGGCCUGAUUUAUCGUUGCCUGAGUAUUUAAAUAUAUUGAGUUAUAAUAAAUAUUAUUUUUACACCCUAAUUUUUUAUAAAAAAACUAUUUGAUGCUUAUGGUAUAUUACUUUACAAAAAAUCCACCAAAUGAAUAUGCAAGAUGACCUUAUGGCGCUUUUCCAUCUCUAUGAUCUAGAUAGAAAAGGAUUUUUAAGCAGGGAAGAAAUACAGUUUCUUGCUUUGAAGCUGCUUUCAGAUUUAGGCUUAAAUAGUGAUCUUGUGAAUAAGCUUGUAGAUAGGUCUGACAGAAAUUCAGAAGGACUGGUAGAUUAUAAAACCUUUGUGAUUUUAUUAGUGCAGGAGCUAUAA